UCGCUGCGAGUUCUACCAAGGCUGCCGACCUCUCGCAUUGGUCUGCGAUCAGUGCAGCCAUGCAUCCAGCUCCGCACAGCAACAAGCUCCUCCACAACCUCGACCUCAGGGCCUACGCGAAGGAGCGUCACUAUCGCCAACGAUACCGGUCGUGUGCCUUGGUCAGAAUUGUCGUGGCGAGAAAGAGGUGCUCGUACAACACAACAAUCAGCAAAUCUCGCCGUCAUUCUUUUAGGUCUUGCUAUGACGGGUGGCGUUGCAACUGUUCUCUACCUCGAAGUUUUUAGCAGUGACAGCAAGACUGCCGUUUACAAUCGUGCCUUCGAACGCGUACGAACCGAUCCCAAGUGUAUCGAGAUACUGGCAGGAAGAGGCAAAGGAGGAGAGAUCGAGGCUUGGGGAGAGAACAGGGUGCGCAACAGUCGCUUCGCAAGAGAUACCAUCUCAUCCAAGUCUGAAACCGACGGUAUCGGAACAACUCACAUGAGAAUGCACUUCCAUGUUGGCGGUAGCCUAGCUACCGGCACCGUCAACGUGCACAUGACGAAACGCCGCGACGAGAGUGAUUUCAAGUAUCAUCACCUGGCUCUCGACGUACCCGGUCACGAACGGAUUUGGCUGGAGAAUGCAGAAGCUUGGAAACUUGACAAAAGAAGCUCGGGCAAGAUGUUUGGCGUUCGCUGGUGGUGA